AUGGGUUAUCUGAGUGGUAAAGACUUGGGGCCAAGGGGUUUGCUCCCCCUGUGGUCUCAGGCUUCAGAUGCAGUGUUAAGGGCCAUUGGGAGCCGGUGGACUGUACCAUGGACAGCAGAAACUAUAUUACAAGUAAUGCUUUUAUGGGUUGCGGCAUUUUGGUUCAUAGGGUCUUGGGUGAUUCCAUUUGCAGCCCAUAUAGCAGGUUUCAGCAAGGAUUCUCUGACGUUUAGAGGACAGGCCUUAUUCAGCCUAGUGACUGAUGUAACUGAAGGGCUUGCUGGCAUUGCUAUCCUCCAUCGCUGCCUGUCUCGGUUUCAUCCCCUUCCAUCUGAUUGGUUUAGAUUUAGCUUGAGGGGCACCUGGCAAUUUGAUGUUGCACUGGGAUGUCUCAUGUUUCCUCUGGUGAAUCGGCUCUCACAAUUCAACCUGAACUUGUUGCCCCUUAUGCCCUCUGCACCUGUCACCAUCUCAAGUGUUGAGCAGUCAAUAAUGGCACGGGAUCCGGUUGCAAUGGCAUUAUAUGCAAUAGUAGUGUCCAUAUGUGCUCCUGUCUGGGAAGAGAUUGUCUUUCGGGGUUUCCUCCUCCCUUCGUUGACCAAAUACAUGCCUGUAUGGUGUGCAAUACUGGUGAGUUCAGUUGCCUUUGCUCUAGCGCAUUUCAAUGUACAGAGAAUGCUACCGCUUAUAUUUCUUGGUGUGGUUAUGGGUCUUGUAUUUGCACGAUCAAGGAAUCUGUUGCCAUCUAUGCUCUUGCAUAGCCUCUGGAAUGGCUUUGUGUUCUUAGAUUUAAUGAGAUAGCCUCUAGUUUUGUACUUCA